CAUAAAAGAAAAAUCUUUGGUGUCAUACUGGUUGCAUAACAAAUUUCCACUGCUAGUGUGGAUUAUCCUUAAAUAUUAGAUUUUUUUCUUUUUAUAAAUAAAAUCAUCAAAAAUGUGGUUGGAAGAAGCUGAGGAAUUGUUUAAAGGAUAUUUACCGUAUUACGUUUUGAUAGUUUUACCUAUUUUUAUCAUAAUAUCACCUGCUAACCCCGUAUUAGCCUCACACGAGUUUCCCGUAUACAGGAUGCAACAUUUCGAUUUACACGGAAUGGCACACGGUUCAAGAAGUGCAGCAGUGAAUCUAGAGGCGAGGUCCCUGACGGGGUGGAGCACUUCUCGCCAUUGUGUUAUAGUGAAGCUCCAAGAUUUGACAAUAGAUCACUUUCGAAAUAUUAGAACCAAAGCAGGUGCUUUGUUGGUCGUGUUGCCAAAUGAUUUUUCUGCGCUUAAUUCUGAUGAAAAACAACACCUUCUUCUGCUUGAACAUGCCAUGUUGGCUCAAGAAAUAUCAGUACCUGUGUAUUUUGCCAUUUGGACUGCUGAAUUGGAGACUAUUGUAGAUGAAGUGUCUCAAAAUGUAGCAACAAACGAUUUAACCAAAUCUGCAGCUGAGGCGAUGUUUAGUUCAGUCGCUGCAAAUGGGUACCAGUUUGUUGUUUCCCCUGGGACCACAAGUGUUAAACAAGACGUUAAGGUUGCAACAAUCCAAGGACACCUCUCUGGUUACAGCCAAGAGGGCAAAGUACCAACUCUGGCUGUGGUUGCCCAUUAUGACAGCUUUGGAGUUGCUCCUAAUUUAUCAUUUGGGGCUGAUUCUAAUGGUUCAGGAGUUGUAAUUUUGUUAGAAUUGGCAAGAUUAUUCUCAAACUUGUAUUCAGAUCCUAAAACUCGCGGAAAAUAUAAUUUAGUUUUUCUGCUCACUGGUGGUGGAAAAAUAAAUUAUCAAGGGAGCAAAAAAUGGCUUGAGGACCAACUUGACUCUUUAGAUGGCUCCAUCAUUCAAGACGCUUCAUUUGUUAUGUGUUUAGAUACUCUUGCGUCAGGGGACUCACUGUAUAUGCACGUCUCUAAACCUCCCAAAGAUGGCUCUCCUGCAUCUUUAUUUUUCAAAGAAUUGAAAGCAGCAGCUGAUCAAUUUCCAACUACAACUGUAGACGGUGUUCACAAAAAAAUUAACCUAGCUGAUGAUAUUUUAGCCUGGGAGCAUGAGAGAUACAGUAUUAGGAGACUACCAGCUUUUACACUUUCCACAUUAAAGAGCCAUAGAGAGUUAACAAGGGGAACAAUUUUAGAUACACGAAAAAACCUAAAUCUUGAGAAACUGAACCAAAAUGCAAAAGUUAUUGCUGAGGCUUUGGCGAACUUCGUUUAUAAUACUUCACUAAGUGAGAUUUUUGGUGGUUCUUUGGACGUGGAUAAGAAUUACUUAGAAGCAUGGAUAAAUUACUUAACUUCACAGCCAAGGGCCACUCAACUUCUAAGCAACAAAGAUAAUGCUCUAGUCACGUUUUUAAAAGAUGAUUUUAACAAAUAUCUCAGAGAUGUUAAAGUGUCUUAUGCAGUUCCUGAUAAGAGAGACCCAGAUUUUCUUUUUUAUGAUGUCACCAAAGGUGUAAUUAAUGUUUACAGUGUUAAACCAGCAAUAUUUGAUCUCGUCUUAACUUUUGCAAUAAUCCUUUAUUUAGGGACUAUCUACCUGUUUGUACAAAAAUUCCCAGCUUUGUACUCCACAGCCUGUUCUUUAACCUCCAAUAAACCAAAACAAAAUUAACAAGUUGCCAAAUUACUUGUAACUGUAGGUAUCCAAAAAAUGUAUUAAUAAUGUUGUAUUAUUUCUGUUGUUACAUAAUAUAAGAGUUUACAAUAAAUUCAAUUG